AUGGACAUGGCCAUCCGCUACAUAGAAAGAUCCUUUACUUUGUCAGCUGGUUUGUUAGCUACCAUACUACUUACCGCUUUGCGAGGCGAAAUUCCAAAACUUUUCUCCAAUGAUCCCGGAGUUAUAGAAAUGGCUAAAGAUUAUUUCCCCUCCAUGAUAACGUUCCAGUUUAUCGAUGCCAUUAAUGGCAUCAACAUGGGAAUUGUUCGUGGCGUUGGUAAGCAGAAGAUUGGCGCUGUUGUGUGCUGUGUCUGCAUGUAUCUCAUCGGUGGACCUGCUGGGCUAAGUCUUAUGUUCCUGACGAAUCUAAGAGUCAGCGGAUUUUGGUGGGGCCUUUCAAUCGGUGCCUUGGCUCAGGCUGUCUCAUACACCAUCAUUAAUGUGCGCAUUGAUUGGACCAGAGAAUGUGAGAGAGCAGCUAAACGGACCGUCAUUAAUUUUGUUGGCGAUACUAAUGAAGCUAAAAUAGAAAACGCCGAUUCACCGCCAGGAUACGAUUUUCGCGGUGAAAAGCUGUAUAAUGAAGAGAAAGAAGAUGACGAGGAAGAAGAAGAGGAAGAGGGAAGAGAGCCGGUGAAGGGGUGUCCGCCAAAAGUACUCCUUACGCGAUCCCUGUUUGUCAGCAUUAUGGUGUUAACGGUGAUUGUCAGUGUCUGUUGCCGGCUGUUCCUUGACUGGAGCAACUACUUUCCCUCUUACUGUCUUCUCAGGAAUUCUACUCUUCUCCCUAUUCCCAAAAAAUCUGACCGGUUGGCGAACCCCCAACAGUUUAAGUGGUUACAGCGCGACUGUAUCGACAUCCUACCAUCUCAAUAA